AUGGUACCGAAGCGCAAAGAUUGUUGGUUAACGUUUAAUAUUCUUCAAUUAUUUACUAUUAUCAAUGCUGCAAUUGGCGAGACAGUGCGAAUCCAAGGAGUACUGGCAUGUGGUGGUACAUCUGUGGUAGGCGCACGACUGAAACUUUAUGAUGGAGGUGCAUAUUAA